AUGGAGUGUCGGAUGGAGGUGGUGAUAGCCAGGGCCAUGGGAAGAUUGGUUGUGAUGACUGAUGAGAAUACGAAAAGGGGGAGAUCAGGUGGUGGAGGGGAGGGUACUGGUGGUGGGGGGGAGGGGACUAGUGGUGGGGGUGGGGGUGAUGGAGGAGGUGGUGAUGGAGUGGGAGGUGGAGGGGAGGGAAUUGAUGGAGGGGGCGAUGCGAUUAUAAGGGGUGGAGAAGGUGGUGGGACUACUGGUGGAGCUGCGGCUACUGGAGGGGGGGAUGAAGGGGGAAGUGGUGGGGGAAUUACAGGGACUAAAGGUGGUGGAGAAGGAAUGACUAAUGGGGGUGGAUUGGGAGGGCUGCUGGCUCGUCUAGGGGAAGGGUUAAAAGGGUUAUCAGGAGAUUGA